GCCCGUAUCAGUUAAAGCAGUUAAAGCGUCGCGUGGCGUAGAGAAUGGGGAAAAGGAAGAGCGGUGGAAAGUCGCGAGCACUUGUGAGCAACUUAACGAAGAAACAGAAAAAACACUUGCGGGAAUUUGGGGAGGAACAUCCCUUUCAUGAUAAGGUAUUGAAAAAAGCAGAGCCAGCUCAAAUUGUUGAAGUGGCUGGCAGCUCUGAGCAGUCAGAUUCAGAGAGCGAUGCAGAAUCUGGCACAGAACAGCUGACUGCCUACCAACAUCUGUGUUCCACCUUAAAAAAUGUUGCAGAGGAUGAAGACUUUGUCUCUGACACUGGCAGUGAAAGUGAAUUUGAAGAGGAGGAGGAUGAGGACCAAGCUGAGGAUGAGAAGGAUGGUAGUGAAGUUGAUGAUGAAAAUAAUCAAGAAGAGAGAGAUGCAAUCAGUAAAGAUGAAAAGGAAAGCAACGCUGCAGGGAAAGAAUUUGGAAAGGCUGAGAUGGUACCCAAUGAUGAAAUUGAAAAUGCCAAUGAGGUAGAAGCUGAUUUCACUGAUGUAAAGAAUGAAGCCAAAUUCUGUCUAGAAAGUAAUUUCAUUGGAGAUGGAAGUGAAGAUGAAAAUGAUAAAGUUGUUUAUGUGAACAGUUCUGAAGAUCCAUUUAAGCAACAUAUGGACACAGAUCUAGAGGAUGAUGAUGUGAAAACUGUAACCAAGGUUAAAAGUACAAUACAGUCCAAGUGGACUACUCUCGGGCAGCUAGUAUGGUCCAGCCAUCUACCAAAAUACACUCUUAUCAAAGAGUUGUCGGGUGAAUGUUUGAAAAAUCUCCAUCUUCAUAAACCUCUAGAGGAAACGUGGCCUAAGAUUAAUGUUCAACGUCUUUCAGCAGAAGAUCAACUGAAUCAGCAAGAAUUUUUCACACCACUUCAACAAGGACUCUUUAAUGUAAUAAAUGCUUACAAGGACUUGUAUUAUCCAGAAAGAACAGCUAUUCAAAAUGGGGAAGAAGUCCGUCGUGCCUACUGCUUACAUGUAAUAAACCAUGUGUUGAAAGCAAAUUCACAGGUGCUGAGCAACAACGCAAAGUACCGAGAUCGAAAGACAGAAGUUGAUGAUGACUUGAGGGAUCAGGGACUUACAAGACCUAAGGUACUUAUUGUGGUGCCAUUUAGAGAGUCUGCUUUAAGAGUGGUACAAACUUUGAUUGGUCUUCUUGACGUGAAAGACAAGCUGGAAGUGAGCAACAAGAAAAGAUUUAAGGACGAAUAUGGCUCCAGUGCAGAAGACAGACCACCAAAUCUAAAACGACCUGAAGAUUAUGAGGCUGUUUUUGCUGGUAAUAUUGACGACCACUUCCGAAUAGGUGUGGCCAUCCUUCGGAGGAGUAUGAGAUUGUAUGCGCCAUUUUAUUCCAGUGACAUCAUCAUUGCUUCUCCCCUGGGCUUGCGGACAGUUAUCAAAGCUGAGGGUGACAAGAUGAGGGAUUUUGAUUUCCUCUCCUCUAUUGAAAUAUUAAUUAUUGACCAAGCUGAUAUUUACCUUAUGCAAAACUGGGAACAUAUUGUGCACCUACUGAAACAUCUUAACCAGCAACCUCAUGAGCCACAUGGAGUGGAUUUCUCUCGUGUGCGGAUGUGGAGUCUGAACAAUUGGUCCAAGUAUUACAGACAGACUUUGAUCUUCAGUGCACUUCAAGAUCCACAAGUUAAUGCUAUUUACAGUAAACACUGCUUCAAUUACAGAGGACAGGUGGCAGUAAGUAAUGUACUUCGAACUGGUUCAAUCUGCCAUGUUGUUAUGCAAUUACCACAUGUUUUCCAGCGAGUGGAAGUCUCCAGCUUCACAGGCUUGCCUGAUACAAGGUUUGAAUUCUUUAUCAAGAAGAUUUUACCUCAAUAUAGAGAAGCUGUCAUGUCCCACACCUUAAUUUAUGUACCCGUCUACUUUGAUUAUGUGCGACUGAGAAAUUACUUUAACCGUGAAGAAAUGAAUUUUUCUCAUAUUUGUGAAUACAGCAAAAAAUCCACUAUUAAUCGAGCAAGAUAUCAUUUCCUGAAGGGGGAGAAACCUUUCCUCUUAUUUACUGAACGUUUCCAUUUUUACAAAAGGUACACAAUUAAGGGCAUCAGACAUCUUAUUUUCUAUGAGCUUCCUACAUAUCCACAUUUCUACAGUGACAUUUGCAAUAUGCUGAAAGCAGAAAAUAGAGGUGAUGAAGCUACAUGGACUUGCACCGUUUUGUAUUCCAAGUACGAUGCUCAUAAGCUGACCCGAGUGGUGGGAACAGAGCGUGCUACGCAGAUGAUUCAGUCAAAGAAAUCUGUGCAUUUGUUUGUAACUGGAGAAGAUUCAUAAAAUGAACUGAGAGCUAGCAAUAUUCAAACAAUUUUGUGAUCAUUAGAGUCAUGUCAUGUUUGAGAUUUGAGAUUAUAUUCAAUUACUAGCCUAUCGUUCUUAUUUGGGGAUUGACAAGCCUGCAGUACAUUUUUUUUGUAAAAGCAAAAUACUGCAAAUGCUGGAAACCUGAAAUAAAAACAAAGUACUGGAGAUACUCAGCAGAUCAGGCAGCAUCUGUGGAGAGAAGCAGAGUUAAUGUGUCAGGUUAAUGAGUCUGUUCUGUUUCUCUCUGCAGAGGCUGCCUGACCUGCUGAAUAUUUCUAGCAUUUUCUAUUCUACAUUUUUUUGUAUUUAUACUUCAGGACUGUAACACUUGGUCUUACUAUCUCCAUUUUGUGAAAACUUUGUGCUUUUCAAACGUGUAGAUAAUAUUUCAUUUAAUGUAAAUAAUGACACAGUGGUUUUUAUUUUAAUCAAUUGUUUUCUUCUGAAUCAGAGUGUAAGGCUAUUUUCUGGAAACAUUCUGAGAUUAGACUAGCAGCAGUAAACAAUUGUGAAACAGAAAAUACUUGAGUUUUCAAAUAAACUUUGACUCUGUUUAUAAUUUCCAGUAA